AUGGCGACAACAUCAACAAGAUCAUCCAAGACAAGUGGAAAGAGUGUGUUCUCUUCGUUCAAGUGGGAAUCUUUCGACAAGAUGUUCGACGAAGCCUUUACUCCUCGCGGAUCGAUUGGAUCGUCGGAGACUGGCAGUAGCCGUCGGCGGUCGCUUGAUCCAAACCGUCACUCCGACACCCGAUCUAAGCCGGCCGUCCCGCCCACGACCGACCCUGCUCCUGUCCCACCUAAUGAAGGCGAGUUUGACCGGCUUUGGAAUGAUGCACGCCGCGUCCGAAAGACAACUACCACUCGGAAGCGAGUAGUCACACGUUCGUCGGAUAGUGCAGACACUGAUCCAGAGGUGGAUGAAAUGGGCCAAUUACGCCCUCGAGGGCAGACAAGGCACGUCGGGAUGGAUGUACGGUCUUUCAAUCCCCCUGACAGUUCUUUUCUCGGUAGGAGUAGCUUUACGGAAACCGAGCAUAAUGGAAUCAUCAACUUAGUGUUUGAACUACCAGGCAUCCCGAAGUCCGACAUCAAGAAAGUGACUGUGGAAGAGAAAGCGGAAGGCGAACGCCUCAUCCGGGAACGUGUGGAAAAGAAAUACCUACGAACGAUCCCCAUACCCCCUGCCGUUCCUUUCGACUGUAUUCGCGCGGUCCUUCAGGACGAACGCUUGACCGUCACCUACCCGCGCGUCGACAUUCUCAAAUAG